AUGUUCCCAGCAUCCGGUAUGCAUGUGACAGACGACGCUCUUCCCUUCUCCUUUACCACAACACGUUCAUCGCAAUGCAUUCUUUUCCGUCACGCCGCUUUUCCCGCUGCCGCAUCGGUGGCUCGCGCCCCCAGCGCACGAAGCGCACCCCUCGCCUCCCGUCUCGCUGCCGUCCGCGCCUUCUCGGCUGCUGCUCCCCGCUCCCUCUUCCAGACCUCUGCGCUCCGCGAGGAGGAGUCCACGCCCGUGAACGCCGCCGCCGCCGCCGCCGAGGCCGCCCCGACGCCCAGGAAGUACGGCCCUGAUGUCCUGCUGGGCGAGGACGGGCGCCCGACGCAGGAGCAGAGGAAGAUCUGGGACGACGAGAAGCGGCGCACGCUUACGGUGAGGUGCCCAAGGUUCCCAGGCAGAAGCCCGGUGUCAAGUGAGCAUGCCCCCCCUCCCCCCCCCCCCCCUCCCUGUCUCCUCUCCUUCGCCUUUAUCGAGUUCAAGGACGCCGAGGCCGUGCAGGUCGCGGCCGACAACGUCAACGGCACCUUCUGGCACGGACGCCGCAUGGUGGCCGAGCCCCGGCGCGUGCCGGAGCUGACCAACACGCGCGCGCGCUACGAGGGCCCGCCGACCCUGACCGUCUUCGUCGGCAACAUCUCGUACGAGGCCACGGACAAGGACCUCAACGGCGUGUUCGGCGCGCUCGAGGACGUCAGGAGCAUCCGCAUCGCGACGGACCGCAACACGGGCUGGCCGAUUGGCUACGCGCACGCCGACUUCCACACGGUCGAGGCCGCCACCAAGGCCAUCGACAUGCUCAAGACGCAGAAGAUUGGCGGACGGCCGCUGCGCGUCAGCUUUGCUUCGCAGACGCAGGACGCCAACAGCCGCAGGCGCCCGAGGGAGGGCGGCGACAGGGGCCAGAGGCGGUCGCGCGAGCCCAGGGAGCCCAGGGAGCCCAGGGAGCCCAGGGGAGCCCGCGAGUAG